AUGGUCAACGCCAACCGCCUCUCUCUCCUCCUAUCAUUCACACUCCUCCUCCCCUCUCUCCGCCUCUCCCUCUCCACAUCGCCACCACAACAAGAGCCAGAUACCCCAAUCAACCGCUUCCAACAAUACCUGAGAUUCAACACAGCCCAUCCGAACCCAAACUACUUAGCUCCAGUCUCUUUCCUAACCUCCUUAGCCCAAUCCCUCGGUCUGAUUAUCCAAACUCUCGAAUUCAUACCUAAUAAACCUGUUCUUCUCAUAACCUGGCAAGGCUCAAACCCAUCCCUCCCUUCACUUCUUUUCAACUCCCACCUAGACUCUGUCCCAGCUGAACCUUCCAAAUGGACCCACCCUCCUUUCUCCGCCACUCUAACCGCGGAUGGAAAAAUCUUUGCACGUGGAGCUCAAGAUGACAAGUGCAUAGCAAUUCAGUACCUAGAAGCAAUCCGCAACUUAAAAGAAAGAAACUUUGUCCCUACAAGGACAAUACACAUUUCUUAUGUUCCUGAUGAGGAGAUUGGUGGGUUUGACGGGGCUGAUAAGUUUGUUAAGUCUAAAGAGUUUAAAGAUUUGAAUGUUGGGUUUGUUUUAGAUGAAGGCCAGGCUUCAGUUAAUAAUGAGUUUAGAGUUUUUUAUGCGGAUAGGUCGCCUUGGAAUUUGAUUAUUAAGGCUAAAGGAGCGCCUGGGCAUGGGUCGAGAAUGUUUGAUAAUGGAGCUAUGGAGAAUUUGAUGAAGAGUGUUGAGGUUAUCAAUAGGUUCAGAGAUAGUCAGUCUGAUGUUGUUAAGGCUGGAAAGGCUGCGAACUCGGAGGUUAUUUCAGUUAAUCCUGUUUUUCUGAAAGCUGGGAUUCCUUCCCCAACUGGUUUUGUGAUGAAUAUGCAGCCUUCGGAGGCAGAAGCAGGGUUUGAUCUUAGAUUGCCUCCUACCGCGGACCCGAAUCUUAUGAAGAAAAGAAUUGCUGAAGAGUGGGCGCCGGCUAUACGAAACAUGACAUACGAGAUAAUUGAGAAAGGACCGUUAAGAGAUUACAUGGGACGCCCAUUGAUGACAGCAACAGAUGAUUCAAAUCCAUGGUGGUCUGUUUUCAAGCAAGCCAUUGCAGCAGCUGGAGGAAAACUUGCAAAGCCUGAAAUAUUGCCUUCAACUACUGAUGCACGGUUCAUGAGAGAGUUGGGAAUUCCCGUUUUUGGAUUCUCUCCAAUGACAGAUACCCCCAUCUUAUUGCAUGACCAUAACGAGUUCUUGAAAGAUGCCGUAUUCUUGAAGGGAAUUGAGGUUUAUGAACAUAUAAUCAGUGGUUUGAGUUUGUUUGAGGAAGCUAAUUCAAUAUAG